GGCAGGGCUUUAGUAUAAAAGCAUACUCGCUGCCCCCCAUAGUCGUAGUACAAUUCAGUGUAUCACAUCAGAAACAUCAUGAAGCUUAUCGUUGCUCUCGUUGCCGUCAUCAUGGCUGCCGCUUCCGUCGAAGCUGGUCACCAUCAAGAACACAUCCAGGUCCCAGCACCACACCCAAUCCCAGCUAUUCAUCCAGAACCCCUUCAUUUGAAGGUUCAUGACCACCCAAACCCAAUCCAUUACAAAGCUCCCCAUGUUCCCCAUCCCCAUCUCAUCGGAGUCGAAACUCACGUUCCUGAACCCGAAAUCAAGCACGUCAAGCACGGAUGGUAAAUAAAGGUCUUCUGAGGAAUCAUCUUAUCAACUGGUCGACGGCGGUUCUUGGUGUUUGAAUUACAUCACAUUUGGAAAAAAGGAAGCGGAGGUCGACCAUGUUAUUUUGGGAAAUCGGCUAAUAAAAUUUCGUAUUACACGACAUCACAUACUCUACAUCAACCCCCUAUCCAACCAUCUUCAAAACACAUUCUUUCUUUGUGAGAGGCAUGUGAUACUGAAGAUGAUAUCAGGACAUCUGAGCCACUGUAUAUUUUUUCUAUUCUUCUGCAAAACUUUACACCCCUCCAAUUCGCCAUUCAAACCAUUUUAAUUUAUAUUCAAAUAAAUGUUAUUAUUCUUGU